GGGAGAGGGAGGCUCGCGAAAGAGAGCGCGAGAGGGAGAGAGAGGGGAGAAGGAAGCAAGGGAGGAGUUUGCUUGGGAUGACUAGUACAGUCGCAAAUUCCUUAAGUAACCCACAGCCGACGAGCGAUGCUCCAGCUCUUCCGAUAACGACGGCUUCUGGAACAGACGUCACCACUGCACACCUCACUUCAGGUGCAGCACAUACCCAGUCAAACUCGGCCUCUACGCAUACGAGAUUAGGGCUUGACGGCCCUGGGUUAGCUGAUGAUGCGAGUGUGUUGCCAGUUCCAUCGCAUGUCGUUCUGCACCAUUUAAGUACGAGUGCGAUCCGAAACGGUGUUCUUGCGGUGGGGAACACAACAAGGUAUCGAAAGAAGUACCUCACGACAAUAUACUACAAACCGACGUGAGCGUUGCCGCCGAGCCCUCUACCCUGCACCGAAUAUCUACCUCCGAACUCUUGGCUAUACAUUCGGACAUACUCAACUGUUAACUACACCAACAACUCGAACACGAAAUGACUCUUACACAUUCACCCAUCUCCAAAUAUGAAGUACGACGGACCGAACGUUGCCAGUAACUUACCGGGGUAAUCGGCCAGAAGACGAAGGCUGACCGUAUCUAUGCCAUCUACCACUUUUCUAUUACGAGUUUUCAACGAUCUCGUCGCCUUGCUCGGCUCUAUCGAGGAGAAUGUACCAUAGAAGGGGCCGGUGUUGCAUGACGAUAGCGAUCACAGGGGCCAACUAGAGCUAGAGUUCUGUACAACCAGUGGCGAAAAGUCUUGUCCAUAUCAGCAAAAUACGCAAAGCCGACAUAUCCUCAUUUGCUCCAUGUCGUGGCUCCAUUCUGAUACGACCACUGCUCCAAAACUGCCAUUGUAUCCUUAAGUAUGAAAUCCAAAAUACCCAUUGCUGUCGGUCGUCUUUUCUCGCCAAUCCUUCGAGUACCAGACGUACUUUCCCCCUAUCCCUAAGAUUAGCUGUGCUGUCCUUCCAUGGUCUAUGCUUAGUCUUUUCGGUGUAUAACGUUCGUUGUUGUCACUCUGUUUUUACCAUUCUAUAUUUUUUUUCUUUCCGCUUUUGCGAUGUUAUUUAUGACGUCCUUCGGGAUAUAUAGAUGCGUACUUGUCAUGUUGUUACAGCUUUUUGCACUGGAUGUAUGUUGUGCUGACAGGUUCCUCAGUUUAUUGUUCCCACCUGUUCUCUUUUUUCUUAUGACUGGGCACCUUCACUUCAAUAUGCUACAGAUCUCAUCACUGUUACCUACAUCCUCUAGAUGACUCAAUCACUCAGACUUGUAUUUUGCUUAGUACUCGAAGACAUGAUCGUGGAAUCCCGUA